GUUAAUAUUUGCCUUUGGUGAAUUCUCCCUCUUAUGGCGGAGGGAGCAGUCGGCGCAAUGGAUUGUCACUUCAAUUCAAAUGCAUAUUUCGUGUUUUGAAAGCAGUAUUUUGAAAUAGAAGAGAUUUCGUUUUUACUUAAAGCACACUUUGUUUUAUUCUUUUUACGUCAUGGCGGACCGUAGCGUGGAUUUUUCCGGUAUACCGAAAGAGGUUCGAGACCAUUUGGCGGAGUUGGAAUUGGAGCUAUCGGAAGGUGACAUCACACAGAAGGGCUAUGAGAAGAAACGAGCCAAGCUGCUGGGCCCCUUCCUCCCUCAGAUCACCAGUGUGGUACUGGCUCUCCCAGACAUCCAGCAGCAGGCGUCCUCUGGCCCAUCCAGUGGUGAACCCAGCCGUGACUGUAGCCCUGCCAGUCCUGAGGCCCCUGGCCCCUCGUCUUCCUCUGGGGGGCGUAGAAACCGCAGCGGUGGGACCAGGGACGACCGUUACAGAUCAGAUAUCCACACGGAGGCAGUACAGGCAGCGUUGGCCAAACACAAGGAGGAGAAGAUGGCACUGCCCAUGCCCACCAAGCGCCGCUCAGCCUUCGUCCAGUCACCCGCAGAAGACUGCACUCCUCCAGACACAUCGUCAGCGUCUGAGGACGAGGGUUCCCUGCGUCGCCAGGCAGCUCUGAGUGCAGUGCUGGCCCAGAGCCUCCAGAGCCCAGACUACUGGAUCAACCGCUCAGUGCAGAGUUCCUCCUCCACCUCCUCCUCCACCUCCUCCACCCUGUCCCACGGAGAGAAUAAGACCCCCACUUCCGCGCUGGCCGACAUACUGGCGAGCACACGCAUAGAGAACAGUGUCCCCCCAGACGUGACAUCCUCAACCCCUGAGAGGCGUUCAAGGGUGGACCUGCCCCCCAAUGCUAUGCCCAGGGGGAUGCCCCGAGGACAGAGCCGCACCAGCAUGCUGGAUACCACCGCUGACGGUGUACCAGUAAACAGCCGUGUUUCCACUAAGAUCCAGCAGCUACUCAACACUCUGAAACGGCCUAAGAGACCUCCGCUCAGUGACUUCUUCCUGGACGACUCAGAGGAGAUCGUAGAGGUGCCCCAGCCAGACCCCAACACCCCCAGGCCAGAGGGCCGUCAGAUCAUCCCAGUGAAGGGGGAGCCCCUGGGGGUGGUCAGUAACUGGCCCCCGGCCCUGCAGGCUGCCCUGGCACGUUGGGGGGCUUCACAGGCCAAGAGCCCCGCUCUCACCACCCUGGACGUUACCGGGAAACCCCUCUACACGCUGACGUACGGUAAACUGUGGAGCCGCAGUCUGAAGCUGGCCUACACUCUGUUAAACAAACUGGGCACGAAGAACGAACCUGUCCUGAGACCUGGAGAUAGGGUGGCAUUGGUGUACCCUAACACUGACCCUGCGAUGUUCUGGGUGGCCUUCUAUGGCUGUCUCCUAGCAGAGGUCAUCCCUGUACCCAUAGAGGUGCCACUGUCUCGACAGGACGCAGGCAGUCUGCAGAUUGGCUUCCUAUUGGGCAGCUGUGGGGUGGGCCUCGCCCUGACCAGUGAGAUCUGUCUUAAAGGACUACCCAAGACUCCCCAGGGAGAGAUCAUGCAGUUCAAAGGUUGGCCCCGUAUGAAGUGGGUUGUGACAGACACCAAGUACCUGACCAAGCCAUCUAAAGACUGGCAGCCCCACAUCCCCACCGCCAACACAGACACAGCUUAUAUCGAGUACAAGGCCAGUAAAGAGGGGACGGUGAUGGGAGUAGCCGUGUCUAAGAUAGCCUUGUUGACACACUGUCAAGCCCUGACACAGGCCUGCAACUACUGUGAAGGAGAAACGUUGGUCAAUGUCCUUGACUGUAAGAAGGACAUGGGCUUGUGGCACGGGGUGCUGACUAGUGUCAUGAACAGGAUCCACACCAUCACUGUACCCUACGCUGUCAUGAAGGCCUGUCCCAUGUCCUGGGUGCAAAGAGUCCACAUACACAAAGCACGUGUAGCCGUGGUGAAGUGUCGUGACCUCCACUGGGCUAUGAUGGCUCACAGGGACCAGAGAGACACCAAUCUGUCCUCCAUACGCAUGCUCAUAGUAGCUGAUGGAGCCAACCCCUGGUCUGUGUCGUCGUGCGACGCCUUCCUCAACGUGUUCCAGUCUCAUGGGUUAAAGCCGGAGGUCAUCUGCCCCUGUGCCUCCUCUCCUGAAGCUCUCACUGUGGCUAUACGCAGGCCUGGUGCUCGUGGGACAGCCCUCCCUGCCAGGGCCAUUCUCUCCAUGGGCGGGCUGAGUCAUGGGGUCAUCAGGGUCAACACAGAGGACAAGAACUCUGCCCUCACUGUACAGGACGUAGGCCAUGUGAUGCCUGGAGCUCUGAUGUGUAUUGUGAAGCCAGACGGGCCUCCACAGCUCUGUAAGACCGACGAGAUCGGAGAGAUAGUGCUGAACUCCAGGGCUGGAGGAACCUUGUACUAUGGUCUACCUGGAGUCACCAAGAACACCUUCGAGGUGAUUCCUGUGAACCAGGCUGGAGCUCCGAUAGGAGACAUCCCCUUCACUAGGACUGGCCUGCUGGGCUUCGUAGGGCCGGGAAGUCUGGUGUUUGUAGUGGGGAAGAAUGAGGGGCUCCUGACGGUCAGUGGUAGACGACACAAUGCUGAUGACUUGGUGGCCACAGCCCUGGCUGUAGAGCCUGUCAAAACUGUCUACAGGGGGAGGAUCGCCGUGUUCUCAGUGACCGUGUUUUAUGAUGAGAGGAUUGUGAUUGUAGCAGAACAAAGACCAGAUGCCAGUGAAGAGGACAGCUUCCAGUGGAUGAGCAGAGUACUACAGGCUAUAGACAGUAUCCACCAGGUGGGUCUGUACUGCCUAGCCCUGGUCCCAGCCAACACGUUACCCAAGACACCACUGGGAGGGAUCCACAUCUCUGAGACCAAACAGAACUUCCUAGAGGGGAACCUGCACCCCUGUAACAUCCUCCUCUGUCCACACACCUGUGUUACCAACCUGCCCAAACCACGGCAGAAACAACCAGUUGGAGUGGGCCCGGCCUCCAUCAUGGUUGGUAACCUGGUAGCAGGAAACAGGAUGUCCCAGGCUGCAGGCAGAGAGCUGGGAGUGGUGGAGGAAGAGGGUCUGGUCAGGAAGCUCUGUAUGUGGCCCACCAUGAUGCACCAGUUCCUGUCUGAAGCGCUACAGUGGAGAGCCCAGAGUGACCCUGACCACGUCCUGUAUGUGCUGCUCAACGCUAAGGGGGCAGCAGUGUGCACAGCCACGUGUGUUCAGCUGCACAAGAGAGCAGAGAAGAUAACCUCAGCCCUGAUUGAGAGAGGAGGCCUCAACACUGGGGACAACGUAGUGCUGCUAUACCCCCCUGGCAUUGAUCUGAUAGCUGCCUUCUAUGGCUGUCUGUAUGCUGGGUUGAUCCCUGUAACAGUGCGGCCCCCUCACCCCCAGAACCUGGCUGCUACCCUGCCCACCGUCCGCAUGAUCAUCGACGUGAGUAAAGCUGCCUGUAUCCUAACCACCCAGCCCCUUAUGAGGAUCCUCCGGUCCAGAGAGGCUGCUGCCAGCGUCAACGUCAAGACCUGGCCCACUAUCAUAGACACAGAUGACCUCCCCAGGAGGCGGCCCCCCCAGCUCUACAAGCCCCCCACAGCAGAGAUGCUGGCCUACCUGGACUUCAGUGUGUCCACCACAGGAAUGCUGACCGGGGUCAAGAUGUCCCACUCGGCGGUCAGUACUCUGUGUCGCUCCAUCAAGCUACAGUGUGAGCUCUACUCCUCACGCCAAAUAGCCAUCUGUCUGGACCCCUACUGCGGUCUGGGCUUCGUACAGUGGUGCCUCUCCAGUGUGUACUCGGGUCACCAGUCCAUCCUGAUCCCUCCUAUGGAGUUGGAGCUGUCCUUACCUCUGUGGCUGAGCACCCUGAGCCAGUACAAGAUCAGAGACACCUUCUGUUCCUACUCUGUCAUGGAGCUCUGCACCAAGGGCCUGGGCACACAGACUGACUCUCUCAAGGCGCGGGGUGUGAACCUGUCGUGUGUGAGGAGCUGUGUGGUGAUAGCAGAGGAGCGUCCCCGGCUGGCACUGACCCAGUCCUUCUCCAAGCUGUUUAAAGACCUGGGCCUCUCCCCCCGUGCUGUCAGCACAGCGUUUGGAUCCCGGGUCAACCUAGCCAUCUGCUUGCAGGGUACAGCUGGACCAGAUCCCUCCACCGUCUAUGUAGACAUGAAGUCCCUCCGCCAUGACAGGGUGAGGUUGGUGGAGCGAGGAGCCCCACAGAGUCUUCCCCUCAUGGAGUCAGGCACUAUUCUUCCAGGGGUGAAGGUGAUCAUCGUGAACCCAGAGACCAGGGGUCCGUUGGGGGACUCGCAUCUAGGAGAGAUCUGGGUUCAGAGUCCCCACAGUUCCAGUGGCUACUACACCAUCUAUGGAGAGGAGAGCUUGCAGGCGGACCACUUCAACACGAGGCUGAGCUUCGGGGAGCCCCACACCCUGUGGGCCAGGACGGGAUACCUGGGCUUUGUCAAGAGGACAGAGCUACUGGGGUCCACCGGAGAUCGUCAUGACGCUCUGUUUGUGGUGGGCCAGCUGGAUGAGACGUUGGAGCUCAGGGGGCUUCGCUACCACCCCAUCGACAUCGAGACCUCUGUGUCCCGGGCACACCGCAGCAUCGCUGAGAGUGCUGUGUUCACAUGGACCAACCUCCUGGUAGUAGUGGCAGAGCUGGCUGGGUCGGAGCAGGAGGCCCUGGACUUGGUGCCUCUGGUGACCAACGUGGUUCUGGAGGAGCACCACCUGAUUGUGGGUGUGGUGGUUGUUGUUGACCCGGGGGUCAUCCCCAUCAACUCACGGGGAGAGAAGCAGAGGAUGCACCUCCGGGACUCGUUCCUGGCCGACCAGCUGGACCCCAUCUACGUGGCCUAUAACAUGUGAGGAGGGCCCAGGCCCCAUUCACACUGGGGUGGAGGCUGGCUAUGGGGGUCCACUGGAGUGGAGGCUGGCUAUGGGGGUCCACUGGGGUAGAGGCUAAAGUAUAGAGGCUCUGAGAGGGAGGCGCUAGACACAGAGAGGGGGCUGGGGGGUGGACUGCUUCUCCCAAGAAUGGACCUCACACUCACUCAUCUGGCAGUGGGACAGAUUGACAGGGCAGGAGUAGCAUUGGUGGAUGGGCUUGGACUUGGUUUAGCCAUCCUGUUACAGUAAUUCCUGCCCCAGCGUUCUUUUUCUCUCAGCCAGAGUCUCCUCUCUAUGAAACAGAGACUGUUUAUUAAGGCUGUGGGUGGGAGUGAAGUUAGAGCAUGUCUGUCUGCAUGGGUUUUUGCUGCUUCUUACUGGUGCUUUUCCAACCACUCCCUGCCUCCCACUGACAGAGUAGGAAGAUGAUUGGUUUCUCCUCUUUGAUUGACACUUGGGUCCACCUAUCAAGUAGAUGUUUGCCAAUACCCUCAUCCACUGUCUCUCCCCGACUGCUCCUAACCAUGAUUUUAUCCCCAGCCAUUAUUAUUGUGAAUCUUGUUUUAUAGAAGAAAAUACAGAGGUGUGUUUCUCAUCUCAAUCCAUUCCCUGGUUCAGCCUGUACCCUGCUCUCUCCUGAGUGGUCCACAGUCCGACAUGUUGGUCAGGAUAGGACUGUGGAGUCAACGUGACGAGCUGGAAGCUUCCCCCAUGCACUUUAACCUUUCCUUGUCCUUCCAUAAUCUCUCCUAGCCUAGUCCCAGAUCUGUUUAUGCAGAUCAACUCCUCAUGAGACAAUGACCAAAGGAGUUGGAAAGACCUGGGACCAUGCGUAUUGUACGUCCCAAAUGGCAACCUAUUCCCUAUAUAGUGUACUACCCUAUGGGCCUUGGUCAAAAGUAGUCUACUAAAUAGGGAAUAGGGUGCUAUUUGAGACGCAGUCUAUAUGUCCCCUGGAUUGUCGAUGGGAGACUCUGACCUCUACUCACUUCUUUUUUUCAUCAAGAAAUGCAGAACUAAACAAUAUCACAAACAAUACAAUAGCAGCAGUAAGUACAGCCCACUGAGUCAGACAAACGCCUGCACCUCAGUAGCUGUACUUACUGCAGAGAUGGAAUUGACCGGUCAUCUUACGUGUCUGUCCCAUAGACCUCGUUUUAUUUUUUUACACUUUACUGCUAUGUUAAAAGCUUUUAGACGUGCUAGAAGAAUUCACUUUUAAAACACACUUGUCAUUGGUAUGGAAUGAAACAGAUGUGCAACAUAAACAUACCAGCAGCAAACUCGCACAACAAAACAGACCGUGUUUAUUUUUGGGGGACAAUAUUUUAAGGUCUUGAUGUAUGAGCAGGAAUCGUUCCAUGAGAGUUCUCUCAUCGAUCAUGUAAAUAAAAUGGACUUCUGUUUUAACUGCUGUUUUAUGGGGUCAGGGUUAUAUGUAUGUCUGUACAUACGACUAAACUGCUGUACAUAUUUAUCUUUACACAACUCUAUUUAUCGUCAAUAUUUAAAUAUCUAGCAAGCACAAAAUACUGGUAAUAUGGAACAAUAAACUUCUGAUUAACUUGCUGGCUGACCUGAUAUCAUGGAGGCUCCUCUGCUGAAUCACUAUCUUAGCUUGAAUAAGUAUCAGUCAGUCAGCUGCUGGCCUCUGUCACAGGCUUUCAGAUGGCAAAGCCUUGGGGUCCGUGGCUAGUCAAUUGCUAGGCUUGUUUGUUGAUUCUGGAGUGCCCAUUGAGUCACCAAGGUGCAUCUAUAUCUCUGACUAACUUCACAUGAGGCUACAUCUGGGAUGUCGGAAGACUGCUGUGCCUUUAAAUGUGGAAGACACAUUUCAGUUGUACAACUGACUAGGUAUCCCCUUUCCCUUUGUUUUGUGCCAUCAUGAAACGUGACAUCUUCAUAAAUCAAGGACUUGGUGAAUUACCAAACCCAGUUGGCAGUGGGUAUAAGAUGAGGACAAAUUCUUGCCUUAUAAAACCUGUGGAACUUGUAAUACUUUUACUGUUAUUAUUUGUCAAAGGUUUUAAUUUCAUUAUUCUGAUUGUAUUAUGACUAGAAAAGGGAUUGUGAAGGGUAAGAUGUUGACCGUAUAGGGUAUAUUUUAGAGGUCAAAAACUGUAUAACUGGUGUUACUGUGUACAUUGAAAUUAUGAACGUAUUCUUUGUUCAUAAAACUUGACUGAUCUUUCAUACUUGACAGCAAAUUUCUGCAUCACAGACUUAAACGUAGGCUAAGUAACACAUUUCAAAAUUAAAGGAAGCAUAUCAUAUGGUUUGGCAGGUGGUAACAAUUUGCACUUUUCCAUAUCAUUAUUACUGGUGUGUGUGAUCGUAUGGUUUAAAUGGUGACAUCGUUUCCCUUUCCUUGUGGAAAAAAAGUUUAAUUUCCCUUUUUAAUUAAAUGAACAUCAAAAUAUUGAACAAUAUUUUUGUUCCAAAAUGCCAAUUUCUUUUUUGUUGAUUGGCUUAUUUUAUGUCAUUCACUGUAAUGUAAUUUUUAGGGGUUGACUCUAGCAGGACAUCCCAAGGAUCCGGCCUAGCAUCAAACUAUUUUUAUUCCAUCCAUCCAAAUGAGAAAUUCAUUAUUUAAAUGAUUGUAAUGUUUUUCAAGCAAGAUUUCAACUACCCUACACAACGCUGUGGCAAAACAAAAGCCUUGUUUGAUUUAGGAAGUUGUUAAAACUACUUGAAUGACAAACAUUGUAGCUUAAGUCCAUCUUUAGAGUAAAGUUACAUUUAAUGAUUCAUAAAAAAAUGUUUUUGGGACUAUUCUGUGGUAUUUGGCUUUCUUGCCAAGCUGCUACUGUAUCAUUCCACCUUUGCAUGUUUAAAUCAUCAUCUUAUCUUAUAGUGGUGUGACCAUAGAACUAGAAGGAAUUUACCACUCAAUCUUCAUGGUGUGAGCGGUUCCAAGCCCGUUCUACUCAUCUUCAUGGUGUGAGCAGUUCCAAGCCCGUUCUACUCAAUCUAAUUCUAUGGGUGUGACAACAUGUUGUCCUGCCAUACAUUCAUUAGACACAUUGGUGCUAUCCAAAACUGGAAAUAAGGGGAAAGUUUUUCAAGAUUCUAUCCAUGGAAAAACCUAGCUUGAGUUCCAGCCUGUUUGUACUAUUGUGCCAGCUCCAAUUGGCAAAAGCACAAACCGGUAUAGGACCAGGCUAGGACAAAUGAUCAGGAUUGCCAAUAUUUCCAUAUAUUUUGUAAUAAACACUGUGCCAAUUGCAGUAAAACUGAAAACAAUAAAGGAUGUUAAGCUUUUAGUCUAUUGUAAGCACAAUGUACUGUACUUGUGUAGUGAUAAAACAAUAUAUUUCGGAUGAUUAAUGUUAUUUGUAAACAUCAAGGGCCCAAAAUAUAUAUACCUCAAGGCUGCUCACUAUGCAUAAAUGCUGUACAAGAUUUUCUCAAUAUUGUCAGUGAUGCAAUGAGUUCCAACUCAGAGGCAAACGUGUCCUAUUUGACCAACGUUCUGUCAUGUUGUCAAUGGGGAUCAUUUGUUUUCUAUUUGGUUUAGCAAAAUGAAACAAUAAAAAUCUGCUUUUGUCA